AUGGGAAAGCAAUCCAACACUGCUGCAUCUCCUGGAAUAAAGAGAGGUCAAUGGACUCCUGAGGAAGACGAGAAGCUCUUCUCUUUCGUUCAGAAACAUGGCCAUGGAAGCUGGCGUUCCUUGCCCCGGAAAGCUGGUCUCCAAAGAUGUGGAAAGAGCUGCAGGCUACGAUGGAAAAACUACCUAAACCCUGAUAUUAAGAGAGGAAAUUUCAGUUUGCAGGAAGACCAGACCAUCAUUCAACUUCAUGCACUUCUGGGCAACAGGUGGUCGGCCAUAGCUGCACAGUUACCAAAGAGAACAGACAAUGAAGUAAAGAACUACUGGAAUACACAUUUGAAGAAGAGGUUAGCCAAGAAAGGGUUUGAUCCUGUAACCCACAAACCCAAGACCGCCAUCCUUGCCUCUGCUAAGGGCGGCGACCCGAAAAACCUCUCAAACCUCAGUCACAUAGCUCAGUGGGAAACCGCUCGGCUUCAAGCAGAAGCUAGGUUUGCCAGACAGUCAAAGCUACUCAUCAAUAAUGACCAAGCUCCUGUAUCUGACAUGAACGAAAGAGCACGCGAAAUCCUGCUACUGUUAAAGUCAGCAUUAGCUGCAGGCAGCGGUGGUGGUAUUUGUAGUGCCAUCCAAGUUGGGCAGGAGAUUGAUUCAUUUGGUAAUGUUGACGUUGAGGGUUUGCUUAGUAACUAUGAUCAGUUUAUGGCUCCGACAACCAGUACGUCAGUUCUGGAUUUUAGUGAAGUUUUUGGGGAUUAUGGUACUCAUAAUGAAUAUGGUGAACUAUUGGAGGCAUUAAUACUCCAGCACAAUCAUAACAGUGCUGGAUUUGAGGUUGGGGAUGCACGGAGUUUGGAACAGUAUAUGUGA